ACGGCAUCAGUUGUGUGUCUUCCCCAGGAGUAAUUUCCCUCAGGAGUACUUGCAUCCCCACUCUACGGUUUACCCAGUGCCCAUCUAUCCACAAUGAUCACAGUACAGGAGAAGCGACCUGCGCCGCCCCGUGGCUUCUCAGUCAGGGACCUCCUACAGCUACACGACGCCCCUACACCUUGCUCAGACCCCGCCGACGAGGACGGUGCGACAGAGGCGCCCGUCAGCCCCUCCGGCCGCGGCGUGCACGAGCCCCACAGCGCCGUGCAGGCAGCGGCCGACUCGACGGAGCAGGCGGCCGCCAGCCUCACGGCGCCGGAGGAGGACAUGGAGGCCUUGGAGGUGGACGACUGCACGGAGGAGGACAUGGAGGCGACGGGGCGCAAGCGCAAGCGGAGGAUCCUGUUCAGCAAGGCGCAGACCUACGAGCUGGAGCGGCGCUUCCGCCAGCAGCGCUACCUGUCGGCGCCCGAGCGCGAGCACCUGGCGUCGCUGCUGGACCUCACGCCCACGCAGAUCAAGAUCUGGUUCCAGAACCACCGCUACAAGACCAAGAAGAUGAUCCGCGAGCGCGGGCUGGACGGGCCGCUGCCGCCGCUGGGCUCGUCGCUGGGCUCGUUCUCGCAGUCGCUGCGCUGCCUCGCGCCCAUGACGGGCCUCGGCCGCGGCGACGCCUCCAUCUCCUCCCCGGCGCACAGGCUGCCCGAGUACCUGCUGCCGGGGGAGCGGCUGCCCGGCCUCGAGUGCCACGCGCCGCCCCUGCUGCCCCUCGGCCUCCCGCCCGCGCAGUUCCCCGGCCUCCUGCCCUUCCUGCCCGUGUGCCCGUUCCCACCGCCCGCCCUGCCCGCCUCGCCCUGCUCACCCAGGCCUCCAGCCCGCUGCGCACCCUCGCUCGCUCUCGCUCUCCCGCCCGCCACCUCGCUCGCCUCCACCACGUCGCCCUUCGUGCCUCCGCCCCCACGUCCGCCGCGGAGGCCUCCCCCGUCUGCUCCUCCUCCAGAAGCGUCGGCGCGUCGCAGGAGGUGAGCAGAGUGCUGUCGCUGCCGCGGCCCAACUCCCUCCGGCUGGAGGGCGUGUGCUGGUGAGGGCGCGCGCCGCCCAGUGAGCGUUUCGUGCAGUAACUUCCCUGAAGUUGAUCAGGGCGAGGAAGUUCUCGGCGGCGGCGAUGGCAACCCGCCGGCGCCCGCGGAGGCGACGCAGCGUGACGCCCUCGCCAAAGGACUCGCGCCAGGGGACAGACGGAGACGCCCGCGGCGCGAAAAAUCCUCCGAGGGAAAGGGAGAGAUCCGCCGUGACUCGAGCGCCGCGGCGAAGGUCGUGGCGCCUCCAGAGGACCGGGACUCGAAGUGGGGGCCGCGGAGGACUUCAGGAAGGAGGGGAGGGGGAGGGGGAGUUCGGACCCCACAACCCACCCAACCUCCCGCCCGCACCUCCGCCCCACGCCCUCGCUCCCCACCCUGAACACGCCUGCCUCUCGCGGAAAGCAGAGACAGACAGAAAAAUAGUGUUCAUCCAGUGACUGAUGUCCUUUGUGCUUUCAAUUGACCUAAGCCGGAUCGCGAGGUCAAGCAAGGUCAAUCCUAGGUCACGGCUGUGUUGUUCAGUGCCCGGCGUGAUUCCAGUGACGAUAUGUGAGAAAUUAAGAAAGAAAGAAAGAAAAAAAAUCACACACACGAUAUUUUGCAGAUAUAUGAGAUAUCCAAAAAUAAAAACGCAUUUUCCACAUUUAACGGCAAAAUAUGGAUCCCAAAUUUUACCAACAAAUGACAAUGAAAAACUAGGAAAGAAGAAAAAAGUUAGUAAAACUUACAACAUCCGAAGGGGAAAAUACGCCUCCCGGUACUACAUUCACGAACGUACCCUUGGGGGAAACAAACAAAAAAGUCAGUUUGUUAUGUAUUGGUGAAAAAUAUAUAUCCCAAAUAUCUGUCAAACUGCGAAUAUAUGAUGAAAAUUAUAGUUGUGACUUAAAACAGCAGUUGUAAUUAAAACAAUAGCUGUGAAUCUAAAAAACAGUUGUAAAUUAAACCAACACGUAAAUCGAACAGUUUUUAAACAAAAAGUUAUAGAUGAGAAACAACAGUUGUAAAUCAGUUAUAAAUAAAAAGCAACUGUUGUAAAUCAGUUACAAAAAACAGUUGUAAGUAAAAAAAACAACAGUUGUAAAUGAAAACAACAGAUGUAAAUAAAAAACACUUGUAAAUAAGAAAAACAACAGUUGUAAAUAAAAAAAACAACAGUUGUAAAUUUGUGAUGAAAAUAUGGAACUGAGGGAUCCGGUCAUAAACAGGCAAUAAUACAUACUUUCCGUUUUUUGGGUCCAUUUCUGUAGAUAUUUACGGUGGUACUGUUUCAUGUGCAAAUGUAUGUACAGUAGAG